UCACUGCACAACAAGAUGGCGGCGGCGGCGGCGAGCGGAGCUGGCGGGGUUGCCGUGGCCGGAGCAGGGGGAGCCGGGCCGGCCGGCCGCCUGCUGCCUCCGCCCGCCGCGGGGUCCCCUGCAGCCCCCGACGCUGUGCCCCCGGCCGCCGGCCAGCCGAGUCCCGAAGCCCCGGCCUCCCGCGGGCCGAUGCCCGCUCGCAUCGGCUACUACGAGAUCGACCGCACCAUCGGCAAGGGCAACUUCGCUGUGGUCAAGCGGGCCACGCACCUCGUCACCAAGGCCAAGGUUGCUAUUAAAAUCAUAGAUAAGACCCAGCUGGAUGAUGAAAACUUGAAGAAGAUUUUCCGGGAAGUACAGAUAAUGAAGAUGCUUUGCCAUCCACAUAUCAUCAGGCUUUACCAGGUCAUGGAGACAGAGCGGAUGAUUUAUCUGGUGACAGAAUAUGCUAGCGGAGGGGAAAUAUUUGACCAUCUGGUGGCCCAUGGAAGGAUGGCAGAGAAGGAAGCUCGGCGGAAAUUCAAACAGAUCGUCACAGCUGUGUAUUUUUGCCACUGUCGGAAUAUCGUUCAUCGUGAUUUAAAAGCUGAAAAUUUGCUUCUGGACGCCAAUCUGAAUAUCAAAAUAGCAGACUUCGGCUUCAGCAACCUCUUCACCCCCGGGCAGCUGCUGAAGACGUGGUGUGGCAGCCCUCCCUAUGCUGCCCCGGAGCUCUUCGAAGGGAAGGAGUAUGAUGGGCCCAAGGUGGACAUCUGGAGUCUUGGAGUUGUCCUGUAUGUGCUUGUGUGUGGUGCCCUGCCGUUUGAUGGGAGCACACUGCAGAAUCUGCGGGCCCGGGUGCUGAGUGGAAAGUUCCGCAUCCCAUUUUUCAUGUCCACAGAAUGUGAACACUUGAUCCGCCACAUGCUGGUGUUAGACCCGAACAAACGCCUCUCGAUGGAGCAGAUCUGCAGGCACAAGUGGAUGAAGCUAGGGGAUGCGGAUCCCAACUUUGAGAGGUUAAUAGCUGAGUGCCAGCAACUGAAGGAAGAAAGACAGACGGAUCCCCUCAAUGAUGAUGUCCUCUUGGCCAUGGAAGACAUGGGACUGGACAAGGAACGGACACUUGAGUCGUUAAGAUCAGACGCCUAUGAUCACUAUAGUGCAAUCUACAGCCUGCUGUGCGAUCGACAUAGGAGACAUAAAACUCUGCGCUUGGGAGCUCUUCCUAGCAUGCCCAGAGCCAUGACAUUUCAAGCACCAGUAAAUAUCCAGGCGGAGCAGACAGGCACUGCCAUGAACAUUAGUGUCCCCCAAGUUCAGCUGAUCAACCCAGAGAACCAAAUUAUAGAGCCUGAUGGGGCAUUGAACUUGGACAGCGAUGAAGGUGAAGAGCCUUCUCCUGAAGCCUUGGUCCGUUAUUUGUCGAUGAGGAGGCACACAGUGGGAGUGGCUGACCCACGCACGGAAGUCAUGGACGAUCUGCAGAAGCUCCUGCCUGGCUUUCCUGGAGUGAACCCACAGGCUCCAUUCCUGCAGGUGACCCCUAAUAUGAACUUCAUGCACAACCUGUUGCCCAUGCAGAGUCUGCAGCCGACUGGGCAGCUUGAGUACAAGGAGCAGUCUCUGUUACAGCCGCCUGCACUACAGCUGCUGAAUGGCAUGGGGCCCCUUGGCCGGAGAGCAUCAGACGGAGGAGCCAACAUCCAAUUGCAUGCCCAACAGCUGCUGAAGCGCCCACGGGGACCCUCCCCACUUGUCACCAUGACACCAGCAGUGCCGGCAGUUACCCCUGUGGAUGAGGAGAGCUCGGAUGGGGAGCCAGAUCAGGAAGCUGUGCAGAGGUACUUGGCAAAUAGGUCCAAAAGACACACACUGGCCAUGACCAGCCCGACGGCUGAGAUCCCUCCGGACCUACAACGGCAGCUAGGACAACAGUCUUUCCGUUCCCGGGUCUGGCCUCCUCACCUGGUACCUGACCAGCAUCGCUCCACCUACAAGGACUCCAACACCCUGCACCUCCCUACGGAGCGUUUCUCUCCCGUGCGCCGGUUCUCAGAUGGGGCUGCGAGCAUCCAGGCCUUCAAAGCUCACCUGGAAAAGAUGGGGACCAACAGCAGCAUCAAACAGUUACAGCAGGAGUGUGAGCAGCUGCAGAAGAUGUACGGGGGACAGAUUGAUGAGAGAACCCUGGAGAAGACCCAGCAGCAACAUAUGCUGUACCAGCAGGAGCAGCACCAUCAGAUUCUCCAGCAGCAAAUUCAAGACUCCAUUUGUCCUCCUCAGCCUUCCCCACCUCUUCAGGCUGCAUGUGAAAAUCAGCCAGCCCUCCUCACCCACCAGCUCCAGAGGUUAAGGAUUCAGCCUUCAAGCCCACCCCCCAACCACCCCAACAACCAUCUCUUCAGGCAGCCAAGUAAUAGCCCUCCACCCGUCAGCAGUGCCAUGAUCUCGUCUCACGGUGCUACAUCUCCCUCCCAGUUUCAAGGCUUACCCUCCCAUGGUGCAAUCUUUCAGCAGCAGCCUGAGAACUGUUCCCCGCCUCCCAACGUGGCACUAACCUGCUUGGGCAUGCAGCAGCCUAGCCAGUCCCAGCCGGUGACUAUCCAGCUGCAGGAGCCAGUUGACAUGCUCAGCAACAUGGCAGGGGCAGCUGCAGGCUCUGUAGGGCGGGGUAUCGCCAUCAGCCCCAGUGCCAGUCAGAUUCAGAUGCAGCACCGGAACAACCUAAUGGCUACCCUCAGCUAUGGGCACCGGCCCUUGUCCAAGCAGCUGAGUGCUGACAGCGCAGAGGCCCACAGCUUGAACGUGAAUCGGUUCUCUCCUGCUAACUACGACCAGGCGCAUUUACACCCCCAUCUGUUUUCGGACCAGUCCCGGGGGUCCCCCAGCAGCUACAGCCCUCCAACAGCAGUGGGGUUUCCUCCAGCUCAAGCCCUGAAAGUCGCCCCACUUGACCCGUUCCCCCCUUUCCCUCCCAGUGCACAUCAGCAACCACCACACUAUACCACGUCAGCACUACAGCAGGCCCUGCUCUCCCCUACACCGCCAGACUACACCAGACACCAGCAGGUUCCGCACAUCCUUCAAGGACUGCUCUCUCCCCGGCAUUCGCUGACCGGCCACUCGGACAUUCGGCUGCCUCCAGCAGAGUUUGCACAGCUCCUUAAAAGGCAGCAACAGCAGCGACAGCAGCAGCAGCAGCAGCAACAGCAACAGCAGCAGCAGCAACAGCAGCAGCAGCAGCAAGAAUACCAUGAAUUGUUCAGGCAUAUGAACCAAGGGGAUGCUGGGAGCCUAGCUCCUAGCCUCGGGGGACAGAGUAUGACAGAGCGCCAGGCUUUAUCUUAUCAAAAUGCUGACUCGUACCACCACCACCACCACCACGCCAGCCCUCAGCAUCUCCUACAGAUCAGGGCACAAGAAUGUAUCUCACAGGGUCCCUCGCCCACCCCCACCCAUGGGUAUGCCCAUCAGCCGCCACUAAUGCACUCGGAAAGCAUGGAAGAGGACUGUUUGUGUGAGGGAGCUAAGGCGGCCUUCCCAGACAAGAGCCCAAGCACGCUGACCAAAGGUUGCCACAACAGCCCUCUGCUCUUGAGUACCGGUGGGCCUGGGGACCCUGAGUCUUUGCUGGGAACUGUGAGUCAGGCCCGGGAACUGGGGAUCCAUCCCUACGGACACCAGCCAGCUGCCACAUUCAGUAGAAAUAAGGUGCCCAGCCGAGAGUCUGUCAUGGGGAACUGCAUGGACCGAAGUUCUCCAGGACAAGCAAUGGAGCUCCCGGAUCACAACGGGCUUGGGUAUCCCACCCGGCCCUCGGUCAGUGAGCCUCUCCGGUCCCGGACCCUCCAGAGACACCACACGAUCCAGAACAGCGACGAUGCAUACGUGCAGCUGGAUACCUUGCCAGGAAUGAGCCUGGUGGCAGGAAAGGCUCUGAGCUCGGCCCGAAUGUCAGAUGCCGUUCUCAGUCAGGCCUCACUCAUGGGCAGCCAGCAGUUUCAGGAUGGGGAGGACGAAGAGUGUGGGACAUCCUGCUCAGCCACAAGCACCCCGAGGUCUCCUUCAGCAUGGAGCAGGCCGGCGUGUAGCAGGAUAUGGAGAAUGUGUGCGCAGCUCGAGCAGGAGGAGGAGGCUGAUUGUAAACCACCAGUGUCCAGCAGCAUCGCACCACUUUGCCAUCUGUCUCCGCCAGAACAGUCGAGUUCCUUUCCCCGCACUGGGCACCAGUAGGCUGUCGUUUGGGUUGUGAGGGGCCUUUGCCAUGAUGGCUUGUGUGACCAAGGCUCCAAGGAAAUAAACGGGAAAUCCGUGGUCUCCAUCUUUCGUGAACCGG